AUGGACCUGUCCAAAGUCACGCUGCCCACAUUCAUCCUGGAACCCAGGUCGUUCUUAGAGUUGCUGUCGGAUUACUUCUACCACUCCAAUGUGUUACAAAUAGCCGCACGCACCCAUGACGAUCCCAUGCAGCGCAUGAUUGAAGUGGUGCGGUGGUAUCUGUCAGGCUUCUACAAAACA